AGGGUGCAAUUCCCGCACACCUUGCCUUUUUAAAUUUCCUUCCAGAUCCGCUGAAUCGAACCCUAACCCUAGCUCCAACCUAUAAUUACUUCAAUUGAGAUGUGCGAUGUUUAAUUAAUGGAACUUCGAAGGCAAGAGCCCCAUAGUCAGCAGGGAAAUUGGAAUGUGAGUUCCUGGCCUUUGCUAGUUGCCGGUUGCCACUAGCUUCUUUUAAAGUAACUGUUAAAGAAAAUGAGGAGAGGGUGCUUUGUGAAGAACUUAAUAGCUUUUGUAGGAGUGGUGAUUUCUGUCUGUUGCCUUUUGGUGAUUAUGGUAUCAGUUCUCCAGCUUCCAGAGGUAUCACUCAGAAAUGAAGUAACAGGCCCUAACAGAACCAUUAGGAUCAGGAAGGUUUCCAAGGAUGAAGAAAUUGGGAGAUUUGGUGAGAUGAUGAUUGAAAUGUUGCCAGAAGAUCUUGCUUUUACAGUCUUUGUACCGUCGGAGAAAGCUUUCCAGCGUGAUCUGAGGCUACGGCUGAAUGAUAGUUUGGUAGCAGAGAAGAGGAAUGAUACAUAUGCUGUAGUUUCCCGCAUACUGGGCUUCUCAGCUGUUCCUCAAACUCUUUCUUCAGCUACAGUAUCCUCUAGUAAAGAGGUCUUCUAUGAUUCCUUAUCUGGGUUUACGUUGUACAUUUCAAAGGAUUUAGAUGGAAUGCUGGUAGUUAAUAGAAUUCGAUCAGAAAAGGUAGACCUCAGGAGAGGGCAGAUUGUUGUACAUAUUAUGGAUGGGGUGAUCAUGGAUGCGGAGUUUGAACAGGCAGUUCAACCUGAUUACACUGAAGAAGAUUGAUUAGAAACAAGGCAUGAAUCUUUCAAAAGACUGAGUUCUUGCUGUAUCGCCUGUGCCUGUCAGGUUUUAACUUGUAAGGUGUAAAUUGAACAAGAUAUAUCUUUGUUUGGGGGAUAGCGUAGUUUUAUCUAUUUAAAACCUGACUCUUUCAUA